AUGGGUAAAAAAGCCACUAAUGAACCAACAUCUGGUGUCGUGUCCUUUGUAACCGGUGGAUUUGGUGGCAUGUGUCUUGUAGCAACGGGUCAUCCGUUGGAUCUCAUUAAGGUCAACAUGCAAACACAACCAAAGCCUUUACCUGGUCAGUUGCCCAUGUAUUCCAAUGCUGUUGAUUGUGCACGCAAGAUGGUUGCUAAAGACGGGAUCCGCGGCUUAUACCGUGGCAUGUCAGCGCCACUAGUGGGUGUCACUCCUAUCUUUGCCACAUGUUUUUGGGGCUAUGACAUGGGCAAACUCAUUGCGAUCAAGGUAUCGGGUCAGUCGCCAACAGCACCUUUUUCCAUGGGACAGAUUAUGUUUGCAGGUGGUUUUUCAGCCAUCCCGGCCACUGUCGUCAUGGCACCUGGUGAGCGUAUUAAAUGCUUGCUUCAGAUCCAAGCGCAGGCUGUAGAACGUGGUGAACCUAAGCUGUACGAUGGCAUGAUUGAUUGUGCCAAGAAAUUAUACCGCACGGGCGGCCUGGCGAGUAUUUUCCGCGGAUGGGAAGCUACAUUGUUGCGAGAUGUGCCAGGCUCUGUGGGAUACUUUGGCGGUUUUGAAGCAGUAAAGCGAGGUCUAACGCCCAAGGGUAAGGAUCCAUCCGACCUGAAUGCUUUUCGUGUAUUUGUGGCCGGUGGCUUUGCGGGAAUCAUCAAUUGGGUCAUCGCUAUUCCUCCUGAUGUAAUCAAGUCGCGCAUCCAAACCGCGCCAGAGGGCACAUACCGUGGCAUCGUGCACUGUUUUCAGGCGCUUAUGAAACAAGAGGGACCUGGCGCACUUUUCACCGGCGUCGGACCUGCCAUGGCUCGCGCGUUUCCUGCCAAUGCCGCAUGUUUCCUGGGUGUAGAGUUUUCUAAGAAGUUCCUCGGUUUCUUAGGUUUCUACUAA